AUGGACCCCGUCAUCAUAACGCCGGAUGACGUAGUUGAGGCGGUCCGUAGGGCUCCGAACUGGAAAAGUCCGGGGCUCGACGGGCUGCAUCACUACUGGCUGAAGGGGUUCGUGGUGUGUCACACUGUGCUCGCCCGACAGUUUCAAGAGGCUCUCGACCAGAAGUCGCUCCCGAGCCUCUUCACUACUGGGAUCACUCAUUUGGUUCCUAAAGAUCAGGAUACCACAGAUCCGAGCAAAUACCGCCCCAUCACGUGUCUACCCACGAUAUACAAGAUACUAACAUCCAUUUUGAGCGCGAGAAUCAGUUGUCACCUGAACUCAAAUCAGGUGAUGUCGCGCGCUCAGAAUGGAUGUAGGGGCGGUGGUCGUGGAACCAAGGAACCACUCCUCAUUGACGCGGUCAUUGGCAAGGUGGUUAAACGCAACCGUCGGAACCUCUCCGCCGCCUGGAUAGACUACAAAAAGGCAUUCGACUCCGUGCCUCAUACAUGGCUUAAGAGGUCCUCGAGCUGUACAAGGUUAACUGUACAGUUCGAGACUUCCUCGGGCAGUGUAUGGGGCAGUGGAGUACGAUCCUUUGUCAUCUAG